AUAAAAUAAAAUAAAUGAGUUUUGACUUUGGUCUAUGGUACGUAUUGUUGUGAAAAGUGAAAACCAAAAAAAUCAUGAAAACUUGAAAAGUGAUUGGCAAUUAUUAUGUUGUUUUUUCUCAAAUUCGAACAGAUUUAGUGAAAAAAUGUAGCAAAUUUAUAUCCCAUACAGCUACUGCCUAAACCAUUAAGAACAAUAAAAAUAUAAAUAUUUUCAAGAAUUCUUCGAAACUUCAAUAAAGUUCAAACCGGCAACCUACACCCUCAAGCAAAAUGAGUGAAACAUUCUGUUAUAUAUUGGACAAUGGAGCUUAUACGGCCAAAGUAGGCUUUUCCAACGCAGAGCCGAAAGUUGUACCGAACUGUAUAAUGAAAGCGAAGUCUGAAAGACGACGCCCUUUCAUCGGAUCACAAAUCGACGAAUGUAGAGACGCAUCUGGACUUUACUACAUUCUACCAUUCCAAAAAGGGUUUUUAACGAACUGGGACACCCAAAAAACCAUAUGGGACUUCAUUUUUAGCAAAGAAUGUUGUCCAGUCAACUUGAGUGAGACACCUUUGAUUGUAACCGAACCAAUUUUCAAUUUUUCGUCAGUUCAAGAGGCUAUGACAGAAAUCUUCUUCGAAGAGUAUGAAUGUCAGACUUUAUUGCGUAUAAAUGCGACAGAUCUGGCUGAGUACCAAUAUCGGAAGACCCAUAAUAAUGAGUGCACAGUAGUUGUUGACUCUGGUUAUAGUUUUACUUAUAUUGUCCCAUACAUCAAAGGUAAGAAGUACAGAGAAGGUAUACGACGUAUAGAUGUUGGUGGGAAAGUUCUAACUAAUCACAUGAAGGAGAUUCUGUCAUACAGACAGUUGAACGUGAUGGAGGAGAGCUAUGUUAUCAACCAAGCCAAGGAGGACUCAUGCUUUGUGUCCCAAGACUUCAUGGCUGACAUGGAGAUUGCUAAGCGGAAAGGACCAACCAACACUAUAGUAAAAGAUUACGUCCUACCAGACUAUACGACAAUAAGAAGAGGUUUUCUCCGCGAUGUAGUCAGACCUGACGAAGACCUUGAACAGCAAACUUUACGGCUGAACAACGAACGGUUCUGCAUCCCAGAACUGCUAUUCCGUCCAUCAGAUGUAGGCAUACCACAAAUGGGUAUACCAGAAGCUAUAAUUAAUUCAAUCGAAGCAUGCCCCGAGGAAAACAUGGAGAGUUUAUUGGAAAAUAUAAUUUUGUACGGUGGUAAUACAAUGUUCCGAGGUUUUCGGGAUAGGACUUAUAACGAAGUCCGAGCAUUGGCUUUGGAUCAUUAUGAUGUAAACGUUACAUUGGGUGAGAAUCCCGUUACAUAUGCAUGGGAGGGUGGUAAAAUGAUGUUCCGCGAUCCAGAGUUUUAUUCUUUCUGUUUGACGAGAGAGGAAUACGAGGAGGAGGGUAGGCCCUUAGCUUUCGAGAGGUUUGAUAUAUAACGGCGUAAGCGAGCCAGGAAGGCCUCAGAGUAGAUUCCCGGUUCGAUAAAGUGCAGUGAAGUUGCCCACGGCUGGGUACAGGACUCCUCUAAUAGAAGAUAGGCUUUUAGACUCAUCAAGCUGCUUCAGUGCGGAAAUGUUUGGGUUGAGCGUGCUUUCUUAAGCAAUAUAAAUUGAUAAUAACUGCAUUCUUUAAAAUCCUAACUAUACCAAAUAAUCAUAAAACCUUCAUCAGGAAGUGCUUAAAAAGGUCUAAAUCUCUAUCCUAUGCCCGAGACCUAAUUACUUCCAAAAAAAAGGAAUAGUGACAAUAAAAUUAAACUUAAUAUAAUAUAGUUGUGAAAAAGACUGACACGUUAUCUAUAGGAUUAUUAUAUCUAUCUCACGAAAAAUGUUCAGCUUCAGUUGUUGUAAUACGAUAUGUUUAAUGAGUUUUAAACACAGAGUAUAGUAUAAUAGUAAGUCAACUGCUUUGUAUAUGUUUAAUGAGUUUUAAACACAGAGAAUAUAGUAUAAUAGAAAGUCAUCUGCUUUGUAUACUCAUAGAGAAUAUCGGCGCGCAAGCAAAACCGAGCCGCUGUGACGCAGGCGACCGCAUCAAUUCAUUACACUGUCGUGUGGCUGAGUUGACUCUAUCUGUACUGUACUAUAUAAUAUGUAACUUCUUCGUGAAAUAGAUCAACUGUAUAUACAAAUACUUGCAUAAAUUAAAGUAAUUUAGAAUUA